GUUGCAACAUGUGUGAUUCGUGAAUGCAUUGUCAUUUGUCUGUCAUACAAAACAAACGGAACAAGUGGAAAGCGUACAGUGUUUGUGUGCUUUGUUAUUUAAUAAUUUGGUGCUAAAGUGAUUUAGGAGAUAAUUUAUGAGUAAAAAUGCUGUAAUAAAGUGAUUAGAUGUGCGUCAGCCCGCGGCCAUGGACAGCAGGAACCGGAUGCUGCUGCAGCACCACCAGCAGGACAUCGUCAGGGAUCUAGACGUCAAGUACAUCCUCGACGAGCUGUUCACCAACAAUGCCAUAUCGAACGAGGUCUUCGAUCAUAUCUACAACUUGACAGAUCGCGUGGAUCGUACAAGGUAUCUCCUCGAUACAUUGCUGCAGAGCGGCAACAACUGCGCUUUCAAUGCGUUCGUGGACAGUCUGGCGAAAGACUACAAGUGGCUGUGGGAGAAGUUGGCGGUGGAGAACAAUAAAGACAUGAUUGAAGACAGUUUUGAGGACAACCUCAGUAGAGGAGACGUGCCUCGGCUGCCGGACCAUUUUGUUAGAAGGUUGUCUUUGGAGCGAGAUGUGCUAGUAAAACUAAAGUCGAUGAAUCGCCACCAAAUCCUAGUCCUCCACGGCAUGUCCGGCUGCGGCAAGACGGCCCUGACCAUCAGUGUCCUGCGCAGCAACCCCUUGCUCAUCACGUCAGACUUCACCGGGGUCAUGUUCUGGCUCAACUGCAGCGACUGUAAGACUGAGGACGACAUUAUUGCACAACAGAAUAAAUUAUACCGCAAAGCGUCAUCCCUAUCCCUGCACAUUUCACACAUGAAGCCAACCAUAUCAAUGUCCAGUAUUUGCUCAAACGGCGACUCGCUCUCAAGCUACGACCUGUCCAGCCAGGAGUUGAGAGACAGGCUCAAGACGCUGUUCUCUGAGCCACAGCUCAAAGAUGCACUGCUUGUGCUGGAUGAGCUGAAUGAGAAGAAAUGCCUGGAGGCAUUUGAUAUUGGCUGCCGGAUAUUGGUCACAACCAGGGAUACUGAUGUCGUUUCUAAUUUCAAUCCGCAAAUUGUUAAGGUAGAAAACCAUUUCUCUGAAGAGGAAUCCCUCGCUCUAUUCGCGUCGUGUCUAGACGUCGACGUGUCUCAUUUGCCCAGACAAGCGAAGAGAUUGCACGAGAUAUGCAAAGGCAGCCCCUUCCAUAUAGCGCUGAUCGGUGCUGAGUUGGCUGAGAACAAGGAGAAACUGAUCCAUGGGACUCGACACUGGAAUUAUUAUUUGAGCAAACUGGAGAAGAAGGAUUUGUUUUUUUUAACUCGGCACAAUGACAACCCAAUGAAAACAAUAGAAGUAUGCAUCAACUCGUUAAAACCGGACAUCCUGCCACUAUUCAAGAUGCUGUGCGUACUACCAGACAAUGUGAAAGUCUCAGCCAGAGUUUUAAGCAAAUUAUGGGACAAAGAUGUCCCAAAUGUGGAAAUCAUAAUGAAACAACUACGAACAAAAUCACUCAUAACACAAAUAUAUGACCAAGAAAAACAAAGUUAUUUAUAUGAAAUACACGAUAUAAUUAUGAAUUAUUUAAGAUCUUGUCCCAAUGAAGGAGAAAUGAAGAAGUUGCAUUCAGAUUUUUUGAAAAGUUACAAUUAUAAUGAUGUUAAUGACGUCCCAGUGCAAUUUGUCGAUGAUGAUUAUAUAGCGUUUUAUAUUGGUUAUCAUUUGGUGAGGACGAAGAAUUUGAACAAUAAAUGGAGUUUGUUCAACAGACUGUAUUUGGAUCUCAAGUUUUUGGGCAACAAAGUUAGGCUCACUGGGCCCGCUGACGUUAUAUACGAUUUACAGAAAUAUGAAAACCAUAUAGCUAAUGAUGAACUAGACAAGACCCUAAUAUUCAGCAUCAGAGAGUUCCUCAGUAGGUGUGGCAUAGAUCUGCACAGGUACCCUUGCACCGACCUGGUGCAGAGCAUCCUGCAGAACGAGUCCAAAGGGAUCCUCUAUACCAAAGCGUGGCAAGAUGCUAAGGAGAGGAGCACCAAGAAUGAACUGUAUUUUGAAUUUUUACAUGAACAGAAUGUGGAAGAGGUCAAGCACUCCACCAUUGAUGUCAAAGAAACUAUCACAGCAGUGUGUUUCCUCGGUGACUAUGUGCUCAUCGGGACUUUAACUGGCGUUAUCAUGUUCUUCCACAUAGCGACAAACAAGUUGAGGAAACAGAUCCAAAGCACGGACUCCGCUAUCACUUGGCUCGGAGUGUGUCCCGCCAACCCGCCGUUCGUGGCGUCACUGUCCGCGGACGGGUUCAUCAAACUGUGGUACAUCGAUGACGUGGAGCAGGACGUGGUCGAUGACGUCAUUGAGGAAGGUACGUGUAACAGUAGUAGUAGAGAUGUUUGUGCUAUCAAUUACCUCGGAGUGUGUCCCGCCAACCCGCCGUUCGUGGCGUCACUGUCCGCGGACGGGUUCAUCAAACUGUGGUACAUCGAUGACGUGGAGCAGGACGUGGUCGAUGACGUCAUUGAGGAAGGUACGUGUAACAGUAGUAGUAGAGAUGUUUGUGCUAUCAAUUACCUCGGAGUGUGUCCCGCCAACCCGCCGUUCGUGGCGUCACUGUCCGCGGACGGGUUCAUCAAACUGUGGUACAUCGAUGACGUGGAGCAGGACGUGGUCGAUGACGUCAUUGAGGAAGAAACAGAAGAAUCAUACAACAAUAACUACCCGAGCAGUGUGACCAUACGACCUAACCUGGGACCAUUCAUAAGUUGCCGAUGGGCUAAUAACGAGGAAACUCUUAUAACAAACACAUUCAAAAUGAUCAUCUUAUACGAUACAUCAGGCAAAGUCUUACAUCUUUUAGACAAUUUGUACAGAGAUAAGGAGAUACUGAGAUGCAUUCCGUGCAAUAAUGAUAAUAGAGUCAUAGUAUCGACUACAAAUGGUCAUCAUACUUUGGAACUGGUCGAUUUGAAGACCAAAGAACGGCAGGUGUUCAAAGAGAAUGAGACAAUCUUGGAUUUGGCUACAAUACCUGAUAGCAACAGGAUCCUAGGCCUCAAACAGAGGGAGGUCACAGAAUACGAGUUCCAAAUGUCGCGUAGAUUCCAUCAACACAGCAACAGUUGUCAAAGCAAGACUGUGGUGACCAGUGACAUGGUCAAAGAGAAUGUGUCCUUUAUAUCGAUGGCCGUCAAUAAGUCUGGCACGCUGCUUUUUGUUUCCACGGACGACAGUCGCGUUAUAUGUGUCGAUUUGAAGACCAAUUCGUAUGUUUUCGAAUUGGAAAACAAGAGAGGGAACGUAGUGUCAAUGGCAGUGAGCGUAGUGUGGGACGACUUCGAGCCCGGCGCGGACGUGCUGCUCACCGGCACCGGCUGCGUGGAGAACACUGCCAAGGUGUGGUACUUGGAUGCUGCCUACAUCUCGCACAACACACAGAAAAAUGGCAAAGUCCGCUUAACAACAAAGUUCGACGCCAGCUUCAUCAACAUUCUGUCGCCGCACACUCCCAACGCGCCGCCGCCGCCCAACGCACACAGCACUAACAGCACUCCGAAGAGGCACCAGUCGUUCGUCAGCUCGUCAACCAACGAGGUCGUCAAACGCACCGUCGCAACCACCAUGAGUCUGGACAGACAUGCACUAAAACCUUUGAACUUGAAGGGCAUAUGCAAUGGGAACAACGAAGGAGUCACUCAGCCUUUGUUGGCGGUUGUCGAUGAUAAAAACAAUAUACAGAUAAUGCGCGGAGGGAAAUUAGUAUCGGAGAUAUCAACACACUCAGACGAGCAAAUAACAGCCGUCAAAAUAUCGCCAUGCAACCAAUACGUCAUAUUCGGCCUACACUCGGGCAUAGUGAGGAGAUACACCAUCCGCACCAAAGCGACCAAAGACAUCAUGGACGUGUACAGCGCAGUGCAGUACAUGAGCUUUGUGAGCCCCAACCUGUUGAUAGUCGCGGGCAGAAGCAGGUGUUUGAUGGCGUAUAGGGCGACGCAUAGUGGUGACUGGAAACCGGAGAUGCUGCAGCGGGGCAACACUAAUCUGGGGUCACAAGAAAUUUUGAAUGACAUAAAAGGAAUAUCAAGCAAGUCAAACCAUUCAGACAGGAUAUCCAGCUCGGGAAGCGAUUCCAGCAUCACUUCUAGGGACCGCCAUUUUUCGAAUGGAGAAAAAAAAGUGAUUUGCAACGCUAGCUCAUUGGUCAACUGUUACUGGAUACAAGACGUUGGCCUGAUAACCAUAGAGUCGAACGCGUCUAUAAAGCUAUGGGAUGAGAAUUUGAAAUUGUCAAGCGUUCUUAACUAUAGUCAAGUAGAUGUCUGCAUUUCCUGUUCUGAUUUCAAAAAAAAUAUCCUCGUUAUAUGUGACAUGGCAAAUUUAUCUUUUCAGACUUUCGAGCUCAAUACGCAUGACAUGGUGGAACUGCGCACGAUCCAGGAAUACAAGCUCAACAACAGGAUAUACUCGUGCGCGCUCACCGCCGACGGGAACAUACUCGCUAUGGGGCUCAACUCGGGCGACGUUGUGGUAUGGAACGUCCCAAACAAACGUCAGCUGAAACUGCUCAAACACCACAAGACGAAAGUGCAGUACUGUUCGUUCUCGCCUACACCGGAUCGGCUGUACCGCUCGUCGAUGCACUCGCCGUCGGCUGCAACGCUGAGCCCGCCGAGCUUCGACGACGAGUCGCAGCCGCCGCUCGUGCUCGUCACCAUGGCGACGGAGGUGGUGUGGUGGAACGUCACCUACGUCAUACGCACGAGGAACGUCAAAGGGAUGUGGAAUAAACCAGGUGGGUGGAAUGUGGUGACUCCAGUCACCAGUCCCAUCGACCCGAGGAACGACACUCCCACCAACAAGUCCAGCUCAGACUCAAACAAGACUGCCAACUUCUUCUUUGGAGACAAUGGACUCGACCCCAAACAGAUGUGGAAGGCCAAUUGGAAGAAAAAGACUUACAAAGAAGGUUCUAAACGCAAGGAGAUCUUAUCCUGUAUAAAACUGUCCGGUAUGAGCGCCAAACAAAUAUGCCACGACGAGAACUUCUCACACUUCGUGACAGUUGACAACGCUGGGCAUGUCCACAUAAUGAACCUAUUGAACAACUGCAAUACGUAGCACAUAUUUUAACUAUUAUUUCAAACUAAGAUUUGAAUUAGAAAACACCUUCACCCAUCUGUUUAUUGGAUGAGAAGAGUUCUUCACCCAUCUGUUUAUUGGAUGAGAAGAGUUCUUCACCCAUCUGUUUGUUGUAUGAAAAGAGUUCUUCACCCCAUCUAUUUAUUGGAUGAAAAAAGUUCUUCACCCAUCUGUUUGUUGUAUGAAAAGAGUUCUUCACCCAUCUAUUUAUUGUAUGAAAAGAGUUCUUCACCCAUCUGUUUAUUGGAUGAAAAGAGUUCUUCACCUAUCUGUUUAUUGGAUGAAAAGAGUUCUUCAUCCAUCUGUUUAUUGGAUGAAGAGAGUUCCUCAACCAUCUGUUUAUUGGAUGAAAAGAGUUCUUCAUCCAUCUGUUUAUUGUAUGAAAAGAGUUCUUCACCCAUCUGUUUAUUGGAUGAAAAGAAUUUUAUAUUCAAACUAACAGAUGCCACGGUUUGCGGCACGUUAAAAAAAGAGUCACAAAAAAUUUAUUAAUUAAUGGUACUUUUAAAAACUAAAGCCAUAGUUUUCUGGCCAAUCCUUGAGUGUUCUAAGUACUUUUCAGUGGUCAUAUAUAUAUUUUUAUUUUUUCUGAAAAUCUGGCCAAACUAUUAUAAACCACAAUUAGCUGUUGAUAUUAUUGAUACUUUAGAGAAGAGAGAAUUUUAACCACUUGAUAUAUAUAUGUUUUAACUAACUUUUUUCUAAUAAACAGAUGGUGGUAUAUUUGGAUCAUGUACCAAUACUAAUAUUAGUUGGACCUCCCGCGGUUUUGCCCACGUAGUUCUCGUUCCUAUGGGAAUACGGAUAUAAGUUGUAGCCUAUAUUAUUUGCCUAUAAUGUAUCUUUCCAGUGGAGAUAAAAAAAAUCGGUUUAAUGGUUUAAGCAUCAAAACGUAUUAAACAAACUCAUGUCAGUUAAGGUUAUAAAGCAGGAAAGUUUGUAUGGUAGCCAAGAUUAACAAUAAUAACGUUAGGCUUUAAACAUGCGAGUAAAACCGCGGUGUACAGCUAGUAAAAUAUAUAAUUGUAUAAUUAAGUUGAAAAUAUUUUUUUUGAAAAUGUUGUGAAUACUGAAAAAUUGUAAUCGAUUUUCUCAACGAAAUUAUCAUUUACAUAAAUUGCAUAAUAGGUUUAUUUAAGUUUAAUUAAUUCGUUUAUGGAAUAGUGAAAUAAUCUCGGAAUUACUAUAUAUUACCAGUCUGGGGUUGCCAAUAGAAUAAGUAUAAAGAACUUGACUGAUUUUGAUCUUAUCACAUUAAUAUGAGAAUUUUUAGAAAGUGGCAACCCUUAGUGAUAAAAUUCGAGUGAAAUAAUAUAGAAUAGGAAAUGUACUAAUGGAAUUGAGAUUAAAGUUUGGAAAAUCAUUAUAUUUUUCUAAAAUAAUUAUAGUGAAAUAGCGUGUUGUAAAUUGCAUUUAAAUAAAUACGUAAUUUAGGACAAAAAUGAUCAAUUAUUAUACUUAUCAAAGUAGUUAAUAAUUUAUAUCAAUAACAAUAAUAAUUAUUUUAAUGAAAACCUUGAGAUUUAUAAAUAAGUACUAAACGCUCUCUGUAGGAGUGAUAUUUUUAUUAUGUACAUACAAAUCCCGUGAUCUUAAUAACUAUUUUAGAACAAUUUUAGUCCACUUUUUAGUGAAAUACUGCCAUUUUAUAAUAGAAAAAGUUGUUUUUUUUAUAUGCUUAUUAUCACUUUUAGCAAUGACAGCACUUAUUUAAUUAUCGUUUUUUUUUUAUUUUAAAUUUAAAAAAAUGUUACAACAACGAAUAUAAAUAUUUAAUAAAGAGCGUGUACAACAAGGGUUUCCUGUAAUGUCGAGAAAACUCAUUUAAAAAAAUCGUUUCGCUUUUAAACCGUCCACAGUUUAUUAAAUUAUGGCAUAAACAAUUUUAUUUCUUUGUAUCGAAAUUUUAUUUUAUAAUAUCUACAUUGAAAUACGAUUCUAAACAGAAAUAUUCAAAUAAUCUGUUCAAUUUCUAAGUAAAUUUAAUAACUAAAUAUUACUACUACCAUAAAAAAAUCAAAUAUUGUUCCCAUCUCAAAAGUGGCUUAAUUUCAUUUUUGCAGUUUUCAAUGGCCAUGUGUUAUGGCCAACUUGGUUGUACGCGAACUUUAAAAUCGCUUUUAUGUCAAAAUUCCGUCUUCUGUAUACAUUUAGUCGGUUAAUAGGGGAAAUCUGGUAUACAUGUGCACUUCAUAUUAUUUACCAAGAUUUUAUAAUAUUCGAUAUGUCAUUAGCGCGACGAACCUGAGGCGAACUAAAGUGGCUAAUUGUCUUAAUGUCAUUUAGUCACAUAGUAAACAACGAAAGUUAUUUCGACAAAUAAUACCUAAUUAUUGUCUACAUUGUCGAGGUAUGUGUUCAGGAAGUGACAAAACUAAAAAAUACAUGAAAAUAUAAUGUGUACAACACAAACAUUGUGCAUUUGUACGCUCGGUGGAGUAGUUAAAUUCGGAUCACUUUUAUUUUUUGCGGUGAUUUGUAGGCACGUAACAUGUCUAAUACUAUAAAAUAUUUGUUAUUUACCAUAUUUAUCAAUGAGUUCUUGUAUAAUACAUUGCACUUUGUCUUUUGGUAAACUUAAUUCCCCUAUUUUUAUUAUUAAAUAAGAAUUAAGAAUUAUGAAUAUAUGUAUUUACAUAAAGGUACGACAAUUUUUAAUGGACAUGUAUUAUAAGCGUAAUGGUAAACGCACAAUUUUAAUUAGAAAGUAGUAAACAUAUUAAACAUCGACUUCUAAUUUGUAAGCGUUUUAUCAUUUUUACGUAAUAUGAACUUUAGAUUCGUCUCCCACCAAUAUGCCUUUAUUUUAUUGAUUAAUUAUUAUUGUACAUUAAGUAUAAUACGUGGAUAUUUUCUAUAUAGUGGCACUUCUCAUUUAGCUUUUUUAUGAACACCAGUCAUCAUGAAAUAUGAGUAUAUUUACAAAAUUGAGGGCUCAAAUUUACAAUAUAUAUAUUUUUAAACUUUGCUUAACAGUGAUCUCAUCUGAAGAUAAGUGAUGAUGUAAACUAAUGUUGAAUUGUGCUAAUCUGGAAUAAUUUAUACAUUUUCUUACUGGAUUCUACGGCGUUAUACCGUAGCAUUAAAUAGAUUGGCGGUACUGUGUUUGUAGAUCAGACUUAACCAGUGUUAAUUUCGAAAUUACAAGUUGCUCGCAACUGCUGCUUUGUUAAAAAAAAGUAUUACGUCGUUUUGUUUAUUUUAUGAGUUGUGCCAUUUUGGUCAUGAAUUGUAAAUAGUAAUGUAUAAAAUGAGAUUUUUAUAUGUAUUUCAUGUAUCAAACUAUUUGUAAUGGUGCUAUUGAUGUCGGAUUUGAAUUUUUAAGUUAUAACCUAGUAUUUGUAAGUUUAGGGCAUGAAGUUAUUUCAUAUAACAAUAGAAUAGACAUUCCAGGCUGCAGUUAGAAUUAAACCAAAAAGUUACAACUUGAUUAAUUUCAUUGCUCCAAGGUUUUGAUUCUAUUGUUAAGUGAAACAAAUUGUAGGAAAAUGAUUUUAAAGUAUUCUAAAAUUUAAUAAUGUAAUUAAGUAUAAGAAAUUCUGAAAUGCUCAAUGUUUAAUGCAUUUUUAUCUGUUCCUAAUGUGCUACAAAUUCUUUUUUUUUUAAUAUGACAACACAGAUGUUUUUAUUUUUCAAGUAAUGUUCAUUUUAUUUUUUAUAAGAUUAAUAAUUAUCAUUAUGACUUGUAUCAUAUCUUCCGAAAAUAGAACAAAUAAAAACUUUAUAUAAUGAUUUAUAUGGUGUAUGAAUGAUUUAUUAUGGUGAUUUAUAUGAUGUAACUAUUCACGCAAUAUUAAUUAAAAUGUUAGAUAUUUUAGAUGGAACAUUAUUUUGUAAACAUCUCUUUACAUUCUUAAAUAAAAGCAUUUUUUCUGA